CUGUCAUGCAGCUAGUUUAUAAUGUUAUAAUGUUACAUGUAGAAAGGGUUGAGAUGUGGGUUUAUCUUUUGUAAAAUAUUCACCUAAAUUCUGCCAACACUCAGAUUACACAGAGAAACACAAUGAACCGAGAUAAAGAGGACUUUUAUUAAUAAUGUGGAGAGUAAAAUCAAUUUAGCAAAAUUUCUUCCUGAAAUAGGACAAAAAAAAAAAGGUGGUCAAAAGUGGGAUAUAAGUAAACAUCUAGCAUCAUAUUAUCAAUAUGAACAGAACUAAACCAGAAGAUGAUGAAUACUGGAACAGCACCAAGUUCAAUGCUUUCACCUUUGAGGAUGAUGACGAUGAGUUAACUAAGCUAAAAGAAUCCAAGCGUGCAGUGAACAGCAUUGUGGUGGAUGAUGAUGAUGAUGAUGAUGAUGUUGAGAAGGUCAGCUGGAGUGGAGAACCUGUUGGAAGUAUCUCCUGGUCUGUUAAAGAGACUGCCUCAAGCAUCCGCUCAGGUGGAGAGCAAAGCUUUCCAAAAAUCAACACUGCUCCCUCGUUACCAAAACAAGGCUCUGGAUACUCCUUAAGUUCUUUAUUCAGAGCAAAGAGCAAACCUUCGUUUUCUGAAUCCUUUAUUGACACUUCUGCACGAGUAUACGCACCUGAAUUACGCAAGCCAAAGUCAGAGUGUCAGGACUACGUGAGUGAUCGGAGUCCUGAAGAGACUGUAAGGAGGAUGCGGAAAGGAAAGGCGUAUUCCAUGGAAAGGUUCCGCUCUCUACAGGAUAAACUGCUGCUGCUGGAUGAAGCAGUCAGUGCUCAUGAUGGCAACGUAAUCACUGCAGUCUUAAUAUAUUUAAAGAAAUCAUUGAGUAAAGAAAUCCUCUUCCGAGAGUUAAUGGUGAGGGACAUAGCUUUGCAACAUUACGUUCAUUAUUUGAAAGAAAUGGGAGAGCAGAAGCUUUUGGUGGAGUUAAUGAAGGCACUGGGCAGAACAGAGGAUAUGGCGUUAAUGCAGUACAAGGAGCACAUGAGUAUUAAAGAUGAAAACAAAAGAAGAGACUUUCUCAAAAAUUCUCUGAGUCUUCCUUUUUCUCAGGAAGAUGCCACUCAUGUGCAAGACCACUACACACUCCUGGAGAGACAGAUCAUCAUAGAGGCUAAUGACAAGAAGGGUGAUGCAGAGGUUUUUAAGAAGUUCCCCAGAAAAGCUUCUAUCUUGAACAUGCCCAUUAUCACCACACUGUACUACUCUUGCUUCUAUCACUAUGGGGAGCCUGAGGGUACCUUCAGCAGUCCAGCUAACAUCAGAAAGACCUUCAGGAUUUCAGAAAAGCAAUACAUCCUCACAGCACUUGGAGCUCGGGCAAAGUUGAAAAACUGGUUUGAUGUGGACAAUUUAUUUAACACCAAAACGUGGCUGGGUUACACCAAGAAGAAAUCUCCCAUUGGCUUUCACAGAGUAGUGGAUAUCCUGCAGAAAAACAACGCUCCUGUUCAGGUUUUGCAAACUUAUAUGACGCUGAUCGAUGACUCGGAACUGAAGCUAAGUUUGGCUCAUAAGUACAAAUGCCAUGAUGUUGUCAUCGAUACAUAUAGAGACCUGAAAGACCGUCAGAAGCUGAUUGUGUACCAGGGGAAAUUGGAGCGGAGUUCAGAUCAGUACAGGAAGAUCGAAGAGAUCCUUAAUAACACGCAAAUCCGAUGGAAGAACUGACAUUUGGUUUGAAAAAAAGAUGAUUUAUACAGACAUUUUGAUAUUGUCAUACUCAAGGCUUCAUACAGAGCCAGCACUUCAGAAGAGCUUCACAGGGAACAGCUGUUACAGUAAACAGCCAAGUCAGAGAGGAGCCUCUCUGCCCAAACACAGCACAAUGAAGAAGCCCAACAUCUCAACCAUGGCAACGACAGCAUACUGUAUAUUAUUUGCUUUCUCUUUGUAAUUUUUCAUAGAUUUUUCUUUCCCUGUUUUUUUUAUGGAUAUAGUGGUACCCUUUUGCCAACAAAAGCUGAAAAUGCAAGUGUACAAAUAACAAAUGCUACUAAUCUACAGUACCAUAUGUGUCAGUUGUUCUGAUGAAAUAAUGUUUUUUAUAAUAGAAAAAUAAACUUCAAGUAUUUAAUAAAAAAACAUUCAAAACUG